CUCAACGGCGCUAGCAGCUAGGCUAACCGCUUCAAUUGGUAAUCUGUCAGCCUAGAGCUAGAAGCACACACACUGCUGGGCUCUACACUCUUCCGGAUUACUCUCCUUUGAUGGGAGCUGCCCUGGGCAGAGUUGAGCCUUGAUUCAAAAGCUGCUGCUCCAAGCCAAGUUGGUCUUUUCUCAGGCUAUUUCGUUACACUGCCAGAGCCUAGAGGGCUAACUUUUGUGGCAUUGGAGGCCAACUGAGCAAAAAAGGACUCUGGCUAUACUGGAGGAUUAGACUGUGCUGUGGGAGUGAAGACCGGACCAGGAAAGCAGGCCCGCAGCAAAACGCAUGAUGCUGCAGGCACACUAGGUUUCCUGUUUGACCCCCUUCCGUGCGGCGUUUGUUUUUUUUCCUUUUCCUUCAUUCUCAUCGAUUUGGAUGGUUGAACACAAGGGCUACUUUGAAGGAGCCCACUGGUGGCUGUGGUUUGGCCAAAGCUGACAGACUGCUUGCCAGCUAUUGCUGAUUUAGUACCCUUGUCCACUGCUGCCACUUGCUGUAGCCCCCUUGGUGGUCUCCAGUAUGGUGAGGGGAGGCUUCAUCGCAGGAGUGCAACGGAAACAGUAAUACCAGUGUAGCUACUCAUUUCCCAUUCCUUAGCACUUUGAAUAAUUUCAUUCAAAGACCUUUUUUUUUUGCUCCGUUAAAAAACACAGUCAAGGUCAUUUUUUAAUAUUUAAUCCCUGGAAAGAAUCCUGUUCCAGAGGAGGAUGAAGUUGAGGAAACAGGUGACAGUGUGUGGAGGAGCCAUAUUCUGUGUGGCUGUAUUUUCACUGUAUCUGAUGUUGGAUCGAGUCCAACAUGACCCUGCAAGGCGACAGAAUGGCGGGAACUUUCCACGGAGCCAAAUCUCAGUUCUGCAGAACCGGAUAGAGCAGCUGGAGCAGCUUCUGGAAGAAAACCACCAAAUUAUCAGCCACAUAAAGGACUCUGUGAUGGAGCUCACAGACACAGGAGCUGUGUCUCCCAGUGGCCACCUGCCAUUCAGAAGUGCCAAUGGUUCCUGGGUCCUACCCUUCGACGGCCGUCCCACUUUCCUCGCUGUCAAGCCCCAGGAUUGCCAAUCUACUCUAGGCAGCCAUGGUCAAGCAGACGUUCAGAUGCUGGAUGUGUACUCAAUCCUCAAGUUUGACAACCCUGAUGGUGGCGUAUGGAAACAGGGCUUCGACAUUACUUAUGAACCUGAUGAGUGGGACAAUGAACCGCUGCAAGUAUUUGUAGUUCCCCACUCCCACAAUGAUCCAGGUUGGAUCAAGACUUUUGACAAGUACUUCACAGACCAGACGCAGCAUAUUUUGAACAACGUAGUGGUGAAGCUGCCCGAGGAUCCUCGAAGGAAGUUCAUAUGGUCUGAGAUUUCAUUCUUCUCUAAGUGGUGGGAGACUGCAGACGCACACAAGCAGGAGGCCAUGCGCAAAUUGAUCCUUGGAGGGCAGCUAGAGAUUGUCACAGGAGGCUGGGUUAUGACGGAUGAAGCCAACGUUCACUACUUUGCCAUGAUAGACCAGCUCAUUGAGGGACAUCAGUGGCUGGAGAGAAAUAUAGGUGUCACUCCUCGCAGCGGUUGGGCUGUAGACCCUUUUGGUCACAGUGCCACCAUGUCCUAUCUGCUGAAGAAGGCCAACCUGACCAGCAUGCUCAUCCAGAGGGUUCACUACUCCAUCAAAAAACACUUUGCCUCCACCCGCAGCCUGGAAUUCAUGUGGAGGCAGGCAUGGGACACCGGAUCAAAAACAGAUAUGUUUUGCCACAUGAUGCCGUUCUACAGCUACGACGUGCCUCACACCUGUGGGCCCGACCCGAAGAUCUGCUGCCAGUUCGAUUUCAAGAGGUUACCAGGUGGUCGGAUAAACUGCCCCUGGAAAGUGCCCCCAAAACCAGUGGUGGAGGCCAAUGUGGCAGAGAGGGCAAACCUGCUCCUGGAUCAGUACCGUAAGAAGUCCAAACUCUACCGCAGCAAGGUGCUUCUGAUCCCUCUGGGAGAUGACUUCCGCUACGACAAGGCGCUGGAGUGGGAUCAGCAGUUCAACAACUACCAGAAGCUGUUUGACUACAUGAAUUCUCACCCGGAGCUGCACGUCCAAGCUCAGUUCGGCACGCUCACUGACUACUUCUCCGCUGUAUACAAAGCAAACGGAGUGGCCCAAGGGUCCAGACCCCCAGACUUCCCAGUGCUCAGUGGAGAUUUCUUCGCCUAUGCAGACCGAGAGGACCACUACUGGACCGGCUAUUUCACCUCUCGGCCCUUUUACAAGAGCCUGGACCGCAUAUUAGAGUCACAUCUCAGGGGGGCAGAGGUCCUCUACAGCCUGGCAGUUGCGAGCGCUCGACAUGCGGGCAUGGAAGGGCGCUACCCGGUCUCAGAUUACGCUCUGCUCGUUGAUGCGAGGCAGAGUAUCGGCCUGUUUCAACAUCACGACGCCAUCACUGGCACUGCAAAAGAGAACGUCGUCGUUGACUACGGCACCAGAUUACUGCGUUCCCUCAUCGGUCUGAAGAGAGUAAUCAUCAAUGCCGCUCAUUUCCUGGUGAUGAAAAACAAAGACUUUUAUCGCUUUUACCAGACUGAGCCCUUCCUUGAGACGGAUGACAGGCGUGCUACUCAAGACUCUCUGCCUCAGCGCACUUUAAUCGAGCUGGACCCAGCAGGCCCUAGGUACCUGAUACUGUUCAACCCCAUCGAGCAGGAGCGUCUGUGCGUGGUCACUGUGUUGGUCAACACGGUCAGGGUGCGGGUGCUUACCGAGGACGGACAGACCCUUCCUGUGCAGCUGAGCGCUCAGUGGAGCUCUGCUAGUCAAAUGAGUGCAGAGGUGUUUGAGGCUACGUUCAUGGUCCGUCUUCCGGCGUUUGGCCUGGCCGUGUUUCACCUUUACGACUCUGCGGACUCGCCCCUGACGCUGCGCUCCGACACGCUGCUAAGGCUGUCGGGUCGCGGCGCCACUGCUCGAGCCUUGGACCCGCUCCCUGUCCGCUCUCAGCAGUCCGACCCGCAGACCUUCUACAUCAGCAGCCAGGCUCUCACUCUGGGCUUCUCUGGAACCACAGGCCUGCUGGAGAGUAUCAAGCGAAAGGAUGAUCCUCAGGAAAUCAAGGUUCAGAUUCAGUUCAUGGUCUAUGGCACCCGUCCCUCUAAAGACAAAAGUGGUGCUUACCUCUUCCUGCCUGAUGGGAAAGCAAAGCCCUACAACCAGAAAGAGCCCCCUGUGGUGCGUGUGGUGGAGGGCCCUCUCUUCUCCGAGGUGGUGGCACACUACCAGCACUUUCAGCAGACCAUUCGCAUACACAAUGUGCCAGGGGUGGAUGGGCUGUCUAUAGAAAUCACCACCGCCGUGGACAUCCGUGAUCAGACCAAUAAGGAGCUGGCAAUGCGCCUGGUUACUGACAUCCAGAGUGGAGACGUCUUCUACACAGACCUCAAUGGCUUCCAGAUGCAGCCUCGCCGUCACCUCAUGAAGCUUCCCCUGCAGGCCAACUUUUACCCCAUGCCGAGCCAGGCGUACAUCCAGGACAGCAACAACCGCCUCUCGCUGCACACGGCUCAGUCCCUGGGUGUCACCAGUCUGGAGAGCGGCCAGCUUGAAGUGAUUAUGGACCGGCGGCUGAUGCAGGAUGAUAAUCGCGGGCUGGGUCAGGGCCUGAAGGAUAACAAGAAAACCACCAACCGCUUCCGACUGCUGCUGGAGAGGAGAUCCAUCGGCAACACGCAUGAAGGCCUCUUUGCAAAACUCUCCUCUUUGUUUCAUUCUUAUCUCUCCAAAAUCUUGAGCGACGGAGUUCAAAAGAUGAUGGACAGUGCCACAACCAGCUUCCCGUCCAUCCUCAGUCACAUGACCAACUCCUUCCUGAACCACGAGGUCUUGGCGCUGCCCGUCCUGCCUAAAAGACGCGGCGUCCCUCCCCUGGAAACCUACGCCCCUUUCAAGUCCAUCCUGCCCUGCGACUUCCACUUGGUGAACCUGCGCAGCAUCCACAGCCAGAAGGACCCCCACUCGCCGUCUGCGUACACAGCUUUGAUUCUUCACCGGCUGGCGCUGGACUGCGGACUGGAGGCUCAGAACCUGGGCUUCAACUGCACCACCACCCAAGGACAGCUGAGCAUAUCGGGACUGUUCAAGAACCUGGAACUGCAGCUGCUGCAGCCCAUGUCCCUGACCCUGAUGCACUCCAGCACGCCUCUAACCAACGACUCCUCCAUCAGCCUGGACCCCAUGGAGAUCUCCGCCUUCAAGCUCAAACUCCGCUAGGAGCCAUCCAGAAUUAUAAAAAAAAAAAAACAGAACCUCCAGACUUCUUGGCCCCAUGCUGGCCACACACUAGCAGCAGAGGGGGUCUCUCUGUUUGUAAAGCAGAACCACAAACACUUAAGCCUGGAGAGGAAAGAUCCACUGUAACAGGACGGACUGCACAGCAGGGGGCAGGCGAUAGCUGUCACUGUGGACAUCUCCGAGUGCAGCAGAACCCGGGUGAACUUGCAGCUGUUCCAAAAAACAAGACGGACUGCCAGGAUCGCUCCUCAGAUACGACCGGGGGUUCGUCUGUCUCUGUAAUGGAAACGUAUUUGGUUCUGCUUUGUAAGAACUCUUGUCUUUUUAUAUCUUUGCUCCAUCCUGGACUGAACUACUGAAUGUAAAUAUCCCAAAUGACGGGGUUGGGGUGGGGGGUCUGGGACUCAUGCCACAUCAGAGUGCAAUUUUACAAAGCUUUAUUUGGUGUAUGGGUUGUUUAGUUUUUGUAUGCAAUGAAGAAGACACAUCACGGCGAUUUGUUUUUGUACUUGUCAGUGAAUUUUUUUUGUUUUCGACAGACUCGAAUGCAGCAAAGAGAAUGUGCGGUCUCCUCUCAGCUCGUGGGGAGACCUGAGCUGCGACUCUUUAAGUAUGUCUGAGUCUGAGAGACAUAACGGCGGUCACUACGUGAUAAAAAUGAGGUCAUUAAUCAUAUCAGAUGACUGUUCUCCUUCUGUUUGCUGGUAUUGUGUGUAGAUAGUCGGGAGACUUUCUUUCCUUCACUUCUUUUUCCCUUUCCGAGCUUCCUCUUUGUUGAUCAGAAAACAUGUCCAUCAUUCCUGUACCACUGUCGAGGGGGGCUGUUGUGUACCAUAGAUGCAUUAGAGGACGGCAGAUAUAUCAGUAUGUGUGUGUGUAUAUGUAGAGUUUGUCUAUAUGAAUAUUUGAAGGUUUAUUUUUUUCGGGGUGUAUUGAGGUCACAGUGCACACUAUCAGGGACCAUUCAUAGUACUGUUGGGACUCAUGUGUCAAUCUGGGUGUCUGGGAAAGCUUCCUGGUGAAGAUUUAGAACAGAAAUUAAAGGGUUAGUUCAUCCAAAUUGCAGUGUUUUCUGGCUAUGCAGAACAAUUAGAAAUCUGAGUUUAAAGACUGCACUUAAAGAUUUAAAAAACUAAUUUGAAUCUAUAAAAUCUCAAAUUGUGAAGAAUGCUUCAGGUUAUGUCUUAAUCACUUGUUUUGUACACACAGCAAUCCAAAACCCAGAGAUAUUAAAAUGUUUUCAGACAUUUUCAACUGAAAAA